AUGUCGGAUCAAUUCUCAUCCAUCAACUCUGCACUCAGGAACCCCAAGUUUCUCAAUAUUUUGUACUCAAAGUCUGACCAAGAUAUUUCAGAUUUACUCGUAUUACUGUAUAAAAAUGGGCAAUAUGCUAAUGUGGAGCAAUUUGGAAACGUAGUCUACCAAUUUUAUAACCAAGGCACCCUGGACGCUUAUUGUACCUUGUCGUUGUUGGAAUUUGUUUACGUUCCAUUUUUUAUUCCCAGUUAUGAUCAAUUAUUGAUAAUGGAGUAUCAGAAACGCGGAGUUCCCCAUGCGCACUCAACCAACGUUAUUAUAAAAGAUGAAGCUAGAAUCAGCCUUAAGGAUUUACAAGGGCUCACGAGUGUUUGA